AUGGAGAGAGUCCACGAAGAAGAAGAUGCAAGUGAUGGUGAUGAUGAUGAGGGGUUUUCGGAGCGAUUUUCAUCUAUCAUGUUCGAGAUAUACCAAAGAGUCUAUAAAGAAGAAGAUGGAGGUGAUGGUGAUGAUGAUGAGGUAUUUUCGGAGCGAUUUUCAUCUAUAAUGUUGGAGAUAUACCAAGUCAAGCUCCUAAGCAAGAAACACAGGAAUAAGUUUUCUUCCUUUUACGAGAUAAGUAUAGCCAUAAAGAUUUGGAAGGGAACAUUAUCUACUAGGUGA